AUGGAUGACCAGGAGCAUCCACCCCAGGCCGAGGAGGCCAUGGAGAGCGCCGGGGAGGCCGAAGAGGAGGCCGAAGAUGAUGUGCCCCAAAAGCGAGCGGCGAAGGCUCCGCCAGCAGCCGAGGAUCGCUUGGCGCAGGAGAUUGCUAACCUGUGGCUUGCUGCUCCCGGCAAGCAGGUUAGCUCGGCCGUCAUCUGGCUUCACCAUCAGGGUGAAUCAGAGGCCAUGCAGCAGAUGCUCUUCCGCAACUUUCAGCUGCCAGAGGAGGUUGGGCGCGUGCGCUGGCUUUGGCCACGAGCGCCGCUGCAACCCAGCAGCAUACGGGGUCACAGCCCCACAUUGCAGUGGUUUGACAUCAAGGAAUAUCCAAUUUGUCGGAUGGUCCGCGGCAUCCCUGACCGACCCCGCAAGGGGGAGGACGGAGGCGAUGUCUCCGCAGCAGUCAAGCGCACUGAGACCAUGGUCCGUGCCCUGGAGGUGGAAGGCAUACCACGCAGUCGUAUCCUCCUGGGUGGCUUCGGCCAGGGGGCCGCGUUAGUCCUGCGGACGGUCCUCCAGUCCAAAGAGCCUCUGGCCGGAGGAGUGGUUUGCAGUGGCUGGGUGGCGGGCUCCACUGAUGUCCCAGACGACAUCUCGGAAGGAGGCAGGAGCACAGCACUGCUGUGGUGCCACGGAGCCCGCGACGACGUGGUCGAGCCGCGCCUGGCGGCGGAGCAGGCGAAGGCUUUGAAGGAGGCGGCCGAGGUGAAUUUGCGCUUUGUGCUGUUUCCAGAGAUGCAGUUCGAGCUCGCCUCCCAAGCCUUGUCGGAGAUCCAGCGCUUCAUCGCCGAGCGGCUCUUGCUGGCCGCUGGUCCGGCAGACGGUGGACUGGAACCAGGUUGA